AUGCGCAGAGUGACAAAAGAUCAAAAUGACAAGGUAUCUGUAGAAUUCACGGAUAUUGGUGAACAUGCUGGUCUUGGGUCCGUUACACUGUCGUCAUUUCUAGGUCCACUUGUGAGGGAACAUGUUCCAGUACUUCUUGACGAUCGGAGGAAGCUUGACAAUUUGACGAAGGCCAUACUAUGGGAGGAAAUUCAGGGGAGGUUUGAUUUGCGAGAGGAGUGGCAAAAGGAUGUUGUUUUCAAGCAAAUGGGAUGCCUGUGGAGGUCUUCUAAGUCUAGACUUGUAUGA